CGACCACGUUGAAGGGGAAACAACAGCGCAAACACAGACGUGCUCUCGUCCCGGCCAGCCACUCACCACGCUGACAUGUAGGCUGAUUUGAAUUCUACGCCCAAGACCUGGAAGGUAGUUUCGCAAGCAUAAAGUUGACAGCUGAUCGUAAUAGGCAUUAGAAUGGCCUCUCACCUCAACUGUCUGAAAUGACAAUCCAGCUUUAUAGCGCGGAGUAGGAGCUUAUAAACAGAGCUUUAUCGGAACUUUAUUUCUGCGGUCUGAUAAGGCAGUCGGAAGCAUUUGUCAGUCGGACACGUGAAACAUCAUAUCGGGAAGUUGAUGUUUACCUGUAAAGAUUAUUUUUUGGCGAUAUCUUCAUUAAAAGUUGAUUUUACGUCUGUUCAAUUUUUUGGAUUAGUCGUCAGAAAUUAUAUAUAUAAAAAAGUUUAAUUAAGGAGGUGUGACGAUUUAAAACGAUGGAGUCGGGACGCCGGAGAGGUUUAAGUAGCCUCCUGUCCUCAAUAUCACUAGUCUGUGUCGUCCUGGACCUGCAGCUGGACGGUGUGUUAGGUGCCACCCAUGUGGAAAUCGAGCAGCACCUGGAGAUGGGCCGCAAGCUUCUGGCCGCAGGGCAACUGGCGGAGGCGCUCUCCCAUUACCACUCAGCAGUUGAGGGUGACUCAAAGAAUUACCUGACUUACUACAAACGUGCGGCUGUGUUUCUGGCCAUGGGGAAAUCCAAAUCAGCCUUGCCCGAUCUGACGCGAGCCAUUCAGCUUAAACCAGACUUCCUAGCUGCUCGGAUACAGCGGGGAAAUAUUCUCCUGAAGCAGGGGAACACUCAAGAAGCCAGAGAUGAUUUCCAGGAAGUGUUGCAGCGCUCUCCAGGCACGGAGGAGGCCCAUAGUCAGCUCCACAGAGUCGAGGAGCUGGAGCAGCUCCAGGAGGAGGCACAUAAGGCCCAUCACCGCGGCGAUUACACCACCACCAUCCAGGUGCUGGAACGGGUCAUAGAGCUCUCUCCUUGGGAUCCAGAAUCUCGGGAGCUAAGAGCAGAAUGCUAUAUCCGCAUUGGGGAGCCAAGGAAAGCGAUAUUAGACCUGAUGCCUGCGGCACGGCUCAGAACGGAUAACCGAGCGGCUUUUCUCAAACUCAGCCGUCUGCUGUAUGACCUGGGAGAACACCAUGAGUCACUCAGCGAGAUCCGGGAGUGUCUGAAGCUGGAUCAAGAUGAUAAGGAAUGUUUUGGUCACUACAAGCAAGUGAAGAAGCUUAGCAAACAGCUGGACUCUGCUGAGGAACUGAUCUCAGAACAGCGAUAUCAAGAAGCAAUUGAAAAGUAUGAGUCUGUAAAGAGGACAGAACCAAAUGUUCCAUUCUACACUAGCAAAGCAAAGGAGAGGAUCUGCUUUUGUCUAGUGAAGAAUAAGAAGGCAGAAGAAGCAAUAGACACGUGUUCAGAGGCCCACCAGAGAGACCCUCAAAAUAUUCACAUCCUCCGAGACAGAGCCGAGGCCUACAUUCUGCUACAGGACUACGAGAAAGCUGUGGAGGAUUAUCAAGAGGCACGGGAGUUUGACCAGGAGAAUCAGGAGAUUCGUGAGGGUCUCGAACGUGCACAGAAACUCCUGAAGAUAUCACGUAAAAGGGAUUACUACAAAAUCCUAGGAGUGAGCCGGACUGCUAACAAACAGGAAAUCAUUAAAGCAUAUAGGAAAUUGGCACAGCAAUGGCAUCCGGACAACUUCCAGUCUGAAGAGGAAAAGAAGAAGGCUGAGAAGAAGUUCAUCGACAUUGCUUCAGCUAAGGAAGUUCUUACAGAUCCAGAGAUGCGUCAGAAAUUCGACUCAGGAGAGGACCCCUUGGACCCCGAGAACCAGCAAGGAGGAGGAGGAGGAGGAGGAGGCUGGCCUUUUGGCUUCAAUCCCUUUGAGUCGGGUGGAAAUUUCCACUUCAAGUUCCACUACAACUAAUAUGGCUAUGCCAUUGAAUAUGGUGGACAUGAUUAUUAUGGACAAUGGACUGGACUUAUUUAAAAUCCCACAAAGGGAAAUUAAGAAGAAAUUCCACAUAUUCUUCAGAUGACUCUUCUGUUGGCUCUUAUCACACAGGGGUAGUUGUGUGCCAAUUCAGACUUGAAUAUGCCGACUGUUGGAUUUCUUAAGGAAUCAGAUGUUCUUGCGUGAUUGAAAAAUUUGUUUGCUUGACUGCGUGCAGUCAAUGGCUGUGAUGAAUGAAGUCUUAUUUAGUAUUUUUCAAAGCUAUACCAUUUCAGCUUUUUCAGCUGACUAUCUCUGUGGGGUUUGCUUUUCCAUCUAUGUUCCAUCUCUCUCUCUGUCACACACAAGUCUUCUGUCCUCCCAUUUUUCUCUAACUGAGUAGUUCACAUUGGUGGGUUCUGAUUUCAGUAUAAAAUAAGUGUGUCUCUGUGACACUGAAUGUUUUUAGGGUUCAGUCCCAACACUCCAGACUUUAUUACAUUAAAUCAGUAUUGCACUUUUUUUGUGCAUUUAAUUGAUUGGUAUAGUUUGCAGGGUUUUACAAUUUCUUUUUUGUAGCCCAUUUCUGUUAAACAUAAUCAGAUGUCAGUACAUCAGACCACAUCAGUUACUGAACGAAUGGAGAACCUACAAGUCUAGUUCUUGCAAUCAGUCCAAGAUUCAAGAUUCAAGAGGUUAAUUGUCAUAUGCACGGUGAAAACACAACGGUUUAGACCAUACAAUGAAAUUCUUACUUUGCAUGUCUCCCUUUAAAAAAAAAAAAAAAAAAAAAAAAAAAGAGAGAGAGACAUGAUUAUCAUCAAGACAUGAUCAUGGCUUUACAGAAGUACCAACACACCGUUUUGACUAAGUUAGAAAGUUUUUAAUCAUGGCCUUACCGUACACAAAAUACUCAUUAGGGGCCUUAUCAUUCACAAAAAACCACUGGUAAACUGGCCUACUCUGUGUCAACAUAGCACUUUACAUAUUUUACCUGCUUUUUCAUUUCAAGGUCUCCACAUUAAUUUAAUUCAUCCCAUUCUAUAUCCGACACAAAGUGUGGCAGAUGGUCAGACACAAUUUUAUUUGUAAGCAUUUGCAAUGAUUAAUAUCUAUGUGACUACUUUUUCCCCAUCAAUGCUUAUAUAAACUUGCAGGUUCCCCUUGAAUGGUUUAGGGAUUUUUCAAAGUGGUAUUUAUGGUUGUGUGUUUCAUUGUUUUCUGCUUUCUUAGAAGGACCUUAUUUGAAGCCACUUUUAGGAUGGAUUAUUUAAAAAUAAGAGGGAAUGUUCUGAUUAAUA